GACUGACAAGCAACGCGUUUGACAGUUUUGACACAGAGGAAGAGCUGUCAAACGUUUGUUAUUGGGUGGUGGAGGUUUGCAUUUAUUUUGCAAGAUUGGUAGUAAAAUCGGCAAACUUAUAGUAAUAAUUGAAAGAGAGUUUGUGUUUUCUAAUUCCCAUAAAGUUACUAUCAACUCUAGCAUCUUUGUGUGCGUGUAAUUUGGUUGGUAGUUGGCCAGAGCAAAAUCGUAAUCAGCUGCUGUCAACAGCCGACAGCAUACUCGGCAUCAUAACUUUUCUUCCAUUUGCAACAUAACUUGCACACAUACUUUGAGGUUGGAAUAUUUCGGCUUAAAAGCAUUUUAAGUGCUGUUAAAAAAAAGUUGACUACCUAACGUACCAGCCUGGGAGUCCUCCACAACCUGGAACCGGAUACAUUGCAUCGUACCAGCAGCUCAGUUGCGCAGAGCAUCGCAGAGCAUAAGCACAGCAUAGCAAUGUUGAUGUGAACCAUUGUUUGUAUGGCUGUCAAACAGCUCGGCACCACGCUGUUUGGAUACGCACAUUGUUUGCAGCGCUCCCCGCGAUCGAGGAUGAAGUUGAGCGAGUUCACCUUGUACUGUGACCAAUUGGUCCACGCGUCACGCAACUGCGCCGACCGUUGGCGAUGGGUGCGGGAGAAGGAGCCGGGCUACCUAUGUCUGGAGACAGUACGGCACGUGCGGAGCACCGAAUCGAACCCCCAGAACGAGGUGCUGGAGGGAAUGGCCGAGCUGGACGUGGAAGAUGAUCCGGGCCUGGCCGCUGUCGGUGGUGGGCAGCCUACCGCCCGGACGCUAGCGUUCGAGUAUCACGUGCUGUACUGUGAAAGCUACGAGGUGCCAACACUGCUGUUUAACAUAUACGAGAAAGGUGGCGCUCGAUUAAACCUGGAGGAAGCAUGGGACGUGCUGCAGAUUAGCGGAUGCGUAUCGUCGGACGAGCGGUACAGUGCGAUCACGAUGGUGCACCAUCCGGUACUGUACCGGCCGUACCUGAAGCUGCAUCCUUGCAAAACAGCCGAGCUGAUCGGCUCACUGUCCGGCAGCACGAACCCGGUACUGUCCUUCCUUACGACCUACGCACCGUACGUUAAUCUGGAGCAGGAUGAGUUGGCUCGGGCGUUGCAAUCGGAUGUUAAAAAAGAAACCGGCGAGUAAUGCACCAUGUAAUCAGCAAGACUGCGACACUGAAUGCGGUCGAUGCAAGUAGAGUAAGCAUGCGAUAUGUAAGAAUAACAUUAAAGCUUUGUUUUUGUGAUUUUGCCGAGCCAGAGUGUAUGACCUAAAAAUGUACGAGUUGGGAUAUUGCAACCAGUGAAAUGCUCUUGUUUUUUACACCCUGUGAAUUGUAGACGCUUAGAAGAGUACAUAGUUCCUUAAAAUCGCGAUGAGAUAGCAUACCACUUUUUUAUCACCAAAAACGUAGAAUAUAUAAGAAGAAAAAACACAAAAUUUAACAUAACGUUUCCUUUACUACCAAUCAUUGUGUAGCGCGAAGCAACAUUUUUCGUGACUCAUCCAAUGGAACGACGGAAGAAAUUCGUAAAUUCCAAUAAUUAAAUUCUACGACCUAUUUCUUGGAUCUACUGAAUCAAUCAUAUUGUGUUGCGCUGAACCAUCAACUAUGGAUCGAAAAAGGAUGCAUGAAACGUCAAACGACACCGAGAAAGCGAAAAGAACGUUUUGUUCGAAAUCUAGUAAGCUGUGCGAACUUUGAAGUUUGAUCACUUUUGCACAAUUGGGGUUUGAGCAAGAGGAGUUGAGUAGUUGUUGUUUUUUUGCGCUGGGGAAAGAUGUUAUACAAAGGCAUCAAUAUGAAACUGGAAGAUUUUAUCUGCAACUGUUUCUGGAUGGUGAACGAUUCGAGUGCACGGCCCCACGCCAAAGCCGUUUGGCUAUGGGGCGACGAGCGGCGCUUUAUACGACUGGAGAAGGUUGUGUCGACAGGGCCGCCAAUAAUAAAUCUGUAUGGUUUUUUAGUCUACCGUCUGUAUCCAAUGGUCUACCAGUACGAUGUUGUGUGGGACUCCAUAACCAAAAAUCCCAAGCUGCUGUUUAACGUCUAUGACUGUGAGGGAACUCGGCUGAGAAUGCAAUCCGUGUGUUCGCUGCUCGGCAUCAAGUACAAUAUAGACGCGGAUGAUGAAGAUUCGCUGGACGUGGAACUCCACCCGAUACUGAACAUGCCGUACUAUUGCUUGCCCCCCAAGCUAUUGGCACAACCGAACGGCCAGUGGCUGGACAUUAAAAAUCCCAUCCUACGAUAUGUGCUCAAAUACACAUCGUUCACUAAUCUGACGCAGGAAGAGCUGCUUGAACUCAGUGACGAAUCGCCGUACAUCGAGUAGUUUGACCGUAUAUUUAUUCUAGCUAAAUUCCUCGACUUGCCUUAAUAGAUGUGUUGAUCUAAUAAAUUCUGUUAAACUGUUUGUA